UCAGAAGGUGUCCAAAAAAAGUUCAUCACACCAUUACCAUAUUAGGCUCUUUCUUCUUAUCCACUUUGCUAUUUCAUUCUGGGUUUAAUAUAGGGUUUAAGAAAAAGCUAAGUGGGGGUGGCAGAUUUUUCUUUUCUUAUUUUAUUAUCAACAAAAAAUAUAUAAGAAAAGAGGAAAAAGAAAAGAAGGUAAAAGAGCUUGUGUGUGUAUAUACAUGCCCACAUACCUACACAGAUCCCUAUGGAAUGAAGUGGGUGCUCCCAGUUUCACUUGCUUCGUAACUUAUUCCUUCUGCUUAGUUUAAAGAGACCAGUUUUGUUACGAGAAAGGAGAGAAAGAGAGAGUUUGCAAAGUUUGGUUCUUGUAGUUGUUGUUGGUGUGAGGAGAAAAAACUUGUUUUUGCUAAGCAACAAAACCAAGUCUUCAUUUUGGAGGAGAUUAUUACUAUAUAUUACUAUUGUUCUUGUUAUUAUUUUGAUAUGAUUUGGUUCUUUCAAACCUUUUCCAAGUAAUUGAGUCGAGAAAGGAAGAAAAAACAAGACAGGAAAAGAAGCUAAGAUGAAGUCGAUGAAUGAUGGUAACACUGAUGAUGGGAACAAUCAUAACUGGUUGGGGUUCUCUCUCUCACCCCACAUGAAAAUGGAAAUUACUUCUUCUGCUGACCCUCCCCAUCAUCACCAUCAUCACUUCUAUCAUCACCCUCAGGUUUCUGCAGCUGCAGCACCUUGCAACACUGUUCCUACAGGCUUCUAUAUUUCCCCUUCACACCUUAACCCCUCAGGAAUCUGCUAUGGCGUUGGUGAAAACGGUGCCUUUCACCCUCCCUUGGCCAUGAUGCCCCUCAAGUCAGACGGGUCACUUUGCAUUAUGGAAGCUCUCACCAGAUCACAAACCCAAGUGAUGGUGCCAACCACAUCCCCAAAACUGGAGGACUUCCUUGGUGGUGCAAGUAUAGGAGCUCAAGACUAUGGAAGGCAUGAAAGAGAAGCAAUGGCUCUGAGCCUAGACAGCGCCUACUAUAGCAGCCAGAAUGCGGAACCUGAAGCCAACAGAGGCCAUCCUUCUUCUCUGGGCCUUCUUUCUGACCCCUUCAGGCAACAAACCCACCCAUAUUACUCUGGGCUUGGGAUUUACCAAGUGGAGGAGGAAGCCAAGCAACCACACGUGACAGUUUGCAGCUCCCAAAUGCCUCAAGUGGUGGAAGAAGGUGUUACUUGCUUCAAAAACUGGGUGCCAACAAGGGGAUAUUCUUCCACUCAACAGAAUCCGGAGCAGCAGCAAGUGAAUAAUAGCAGUGGCAUGGGGGAGGGUCACGGUGCUUCUGGGAAUGCUGGUGUUGGCUGUGGAGAGUUGCAGUCUUUGAGUUUGUCUAUGAGUCCUGGUUCUCAAUCUAGCUGUGUCACAGUUCCAACUCAGAUCUCAUCUUCCAGAACUGAAUCAGUAGCUGGAGAUGCCAAAAAGAGAGGCUCUGCUAAACUUGGCCAGAAGCAACCCGUGCAUAGGAAAUCCAUUGACACAUUCGGCCAGAGAACUUCUCAGUAUAGAGGAGUAACAAGGCAUCGAUGGACUGGAAGAUAUGAAGCACAUUUGUGGGAUAAUAGUUGCAAGAAGGAAGGGCAAACCAGGAAAGGACGACAAGUUUAUUUGGGUGGUUAUGAUAUGGAAGAGAAAGCUGCAAGAGCAUAUGAUCUUGCGGCUCUCAAGUAUUGGGGACCUUCAACUCACAUAAACUUCCCGCUGGAAAAUUACCAAACUGAACUUGAAGAAAUGAAGAAUAUGAGCAGGCAGGAGUAUGUGGCCCACUUGAGAAGAAAGAGUAGUGGGUUUUCAAGGGGUGCAUCAAUGUACAGAGGAGUGACAAGGCACCACCAACACGGUAGGUGGCAAGCAAGGAUAGGCAGAGUUGCAGGAAAUAAGGACCUUUAUCUUGGGACAUUCAGUACUCAAGAAGAAGCAGCUGAAGCAUACGACGUAGCUGCGAUCAAAUUUCGUGGGGUGAAUGCUGUUACCAACUUCGACAUCUCAAGAUACGAUGUUGAAAGGAUCAUGGCCAGCAACACCCUUCUUGCUGGAGAGUUGGCUAGAAGAAACAAGGAUAGUGAGCCAAGAACUGAGGCCAUAGAGUACAACGGUGUGUCAAGCCAACAUGAAGCUGAGACUGUGAACAACAAUGAGAACAAUGAGAAGGGAUCAUCGGAUUGGAAGAUGAGUUUGUAUCAUCAGCAGCAACAACAACAGUCAAACAACAACUGUGACAUGAAAACCAUGAAGUGUGGAAAUUAUAGAGGUUCUGCUUUCUCUGUGUCCCUACAAGAUCUCAUUGGGAUUGACUCAGUAGGAUCUAGCCAGGCCAUGAUAGAGGAGUCUACUAAGAUAGGUACUCAUUUUUCAAACCCCUCCUCGCUGGUCACCAGUUUAAGCAGCUCAAGGGAAGGUAGCCCUGACAAAACGGGUCCCACCAUGCUCUUUCCUAAGCCUCCGGUGGGGUCAAAGGUUGUCACUAGCCCUAUUGCCAAUGGUGUAAGUGUUAGCUCAUGGUUUCCCACUCAAAUGAGGCCAGUCUCCAUGUCUCACUUGCCGGUUUUUGCUGCUUGGAGUGAUACCUAGAACUGGAUCAUGGUUUGGUUUGGUUUCAUAAACGUGUUUGGAAGCUGGUGGAGAAGUAAGAACUCGUGUAUGAGAUGUGGAAGAUAGCCUGUGAAAGGGAAGAAAAAUAUCUGAUGUGAAACCAAACACACCAUAGCCUAUGUCAUUUAUCAUGUGUUAAAUUUAGCAUGUGAAAUGGAGCGGGAGAAAAGAAAAAGAAAAGAAAAAAAAAAAAAAGGUAGAGUGGGGGUGGGGGAGAAGAAAAUGGAAAAAUGAAAAGAUUCAGAAUAUUAUGUUGUUAUGAAAAAAGACAUUAGUGCAGGAAUUUUGGGGAUUAAUUAGGGGCAUGUGGGGGCCAUUUAUCUGUCAUAUUUCUGUAUGUUAGUGGAACAAGAGCUUUCCAACCGUAGCCUUUUGGAUCUAUAUUGCGAAUUUGAGAAGGAAAUGUGGAAAUAGGAGGGAAAGUGGUUUAUUUAACAAGAGGACUAAUGAUUAAUGCAGUGAAAUGAUGUUUGACGAUAUGAAAGUGGCCCUUAAAUUAUUGAGUUUGCUUUUUUUGGAGUUUCACCUUUUCUUAGGUCCAGCUAAGUACAAAACCAACUCCAUGUUUGUCAAUAAUGCAAAAGAGCCACCCCUUUGAUCA